GUGACGACAAGAGGCAAUCAAUAUCAUCAAUAAGGGGGUUAUAACUAUAGAUUACGAUUAUCCCAUUGAUCUGAUUGAAUCAGUUGAUAAGUGAUGAAUUUUAUCAGGAAGUUUAUAGGAACUUCAACUACUGAUGAAGUAGCUCUGAUUCCUUCCGGUAGACUUUAUUUAACUCGAUCUCCACAAUCUCCUAAGGGUGAAAUUGAAUGCUUGUAUAAUGAUGCAUUUGCUUCAAUUAGACAAACCACUAGGCCUUAUUUAUAUCAAUUAUGUAUCACCAGAGUAUAUCAAGAAGGUGAAGUUGACGCUCAUGGUUUGAGUGGGUUUGAUGAUUCGGAUGAUGAUGACGAUGAUGAUCAUGAUGCUCCUCAUUCAAUUGCUGAUACUUCAGGUUCAGCUCAUUCCAAAGAUGAAUGGGCUUUUACUAUCCUUGAAGAUUUAAAAUUCCAUACUUAUGAUAAAACUGAUGGUACUAAAGCUAUAGUUUGGACUGAUUUAAAUGGAGAUAUUGGUGAUAAAUUUGAAUUCAUUAUUGAUGAAGAUAUUAAACAUAAAGAUAUUGAUAGUUUUAUGUUUGCUCUUUAUAAAUGUUUAUAUGAACUGAAAUAUCAUAAAAGUUCAUUAGCCAUUCAAGAUAUGCAACAAUUGAAAGAAUUCGUUUAUAAUCCCAAAUCCGAGAUUUUAGCAUUUGGUGAUUUGAAAUCACCAAAUUUACUUCAAUAUGAUUCUGAAGAUGAUUCUGAAGAUGACGAUGAAGAAGAUGAAGAGGAAGAAGACGACGAUGAAGAAGAUGAUGACGACGACGACGAUGAAGAUGAAUUCAUGGAUGCUAAUUUAGAACAUACUUUACCUUCAAGUUUCCCUAGAUCUACUUCACCUGCAGUUGAACCUCGUGGUGAAACCAUAUAUCAAAAUGAUUCUUUUGAUUUAUUCUUGUUUGAUUCUGUUUCAGGAACUUUCAAACCUCAAAUUUCUAAACCUGAUGUGGAAUUAAAAUUAAUAUCGUUAGGAAAUUGGGAAUAUACUUUAUAUGUGCAUAGUAAGACUGAUGCAUCAACUACUCAUUUCAAUGCAUCCAUUAAUAAAAGUAUGAAUCCAACUUUCAAUUAUGAACAUCUUUCAUUUAUUUUCAAUUUCUAUUCUGUGCUUGAUAAUUCUGAAAUAUCGGCUUUCUCAUGGUUAUUGAAAUUUGAAAGUUAUCAAGAAUUAACAGUUUUCCAAAAAGUUUUCUUAUCUUCAAUGUAUGAAACUUUAAAUAAAUCUAAAUGGAGUAAGACUGAUCCAACUGAUCAAGAAUAUGUAACAGAUGCUUUUUCCAAGAUGAAAGUUGAUGAUGAAUUUGAUGACGAAGAAGAAGAAGAUGAAGAAGAACCAGAACCAGUAAAGAAAAAUAUUAAAGCUGGUAAGAAAAAGGCCACCCUUUUUGUUGAUGAUGAUGAUGAAUUUGGUGAUGAUGAAGAAGAAAAAGGUCAUUCUGAAUUCAAAAGCCAUAAAGAAAAGAAUAGCAAUUUAUCUGUUGGUUAUGCUAAUAAUCGAACUUAUGUAGCUAGAGGUGAUAAAUUAGGAGUAUUUAAUAGUUAUAAUGACGGUCUUUCAUUUCAAACCACUAUAGCAGAUUUAAAAGAUUUAAAGGGUAAGAAAUUUAAUCCUGAAAAAAUGAUGUUACAUCAACAAGAUCAAUUUAUGGUCUUAGCUAAUAAUCAAUAUGAUAAAUCUUUAUUUAAAAUGGAUUUAAAUAGAGGGAAGAUUGUUGAAGAAUGGGAAAUUGAUGAAAAUAAUCCAAUUGUAUCAUUUGGUCCAAAUUCGAAAUUUGCUCAAUUAACCAAUGAACAAACUUUAACUGGUAUAAGUGAAAAUGGAUUAUUUAAGGUUGAUCCCAGAUUAGCUGGAUUAAAAUUGGUUAAUGAUAAUACUUAUAAAGCUUAUAAAACUACUAAUAAUAAAUUCCUGACAUUUGCCACCACAGAACAAGGAUACUUGGCUGUUGGUUCAGGAAAGGGUGAUAUUAGAUUAUAUGAUAGAUUAGGAGUUAAUGCUAAGAGUGCUCUUCCAUCAUUAGGUGAAAGUAUUCUUGGUAUAGAUGUUUCUAAAGAUGGUAGAUGGUUAUUGGCUACAUGUGAAUUUUAUUUAUUAUUGGUUGAUACUAAAAUAUCAUCAGGUCAAAAGAAUGAAGGUAGUUUGGGUUUUACUAAAUAUUUUGAUAAAGAUAAAAAACCUAUUCCAAGAAGAUUAACGAUUAAAACUGAACAUGCUGCUUUUAUAACUGCUGAAGCCAAUGGUAAACCACCAAGUUUCACUCAAGCUCGUUUUAAUACUGGUUUAAAUUCAAAGGAAACCAGUAUUGUUACAUCAUCAGGACCAUAUAUAAUAUCGUGGUCAUUAAGAAAAGUAUUAGCUGGAUCUGAAGAACCAUAUACGAUUAAGAAAUAUCAACAAACCAUUAUUGCUGAUAAUUUCAAAUUUGGAUCCAGUUCUGAUGUUAUUAUUGCUUUACAAGAUGAUGUUGCCAUGACCAAUAAACAAAAAUUAAGUCAAGCAGGAAAGAUUUUAAAGAGGAAAUCACCCAAGAAUUCAAUUGUGAAAACUUAUGAUUGAAUUUGUAUUUAUAUAGUAAAGUUUGUAGAGAAUAAAUAUAUAGCAACUCAUUUAAUUAAUAUAUACAUUUUUUCAUUAGACGUAACAUAACAUUAAUAUUAUCAUUAACAGACAUAUAGAUGAACCCUUUCUCAUCUACGUAAGCCAAACGAUCGUUUCAUUUCAUCAAACCAAAUGAUUCUAAAUGCAUUAAACUUAUGAAAUCCAGUAGGUUUAUACGUUUGAAAGUCAAUAUUUCGCACUUUUGGUAUAGUAUCAGGAUGAGGAUUAUACGGUAUUCUAUUUAUUCUAGCAUAUAUCUUCCGCACCCAAUUAUUAAACGCUGGUGAAUCUAUAAGUUUUUGAUAUAGUAAAUCCUGAAGGUUUCUUGGUGGCGGCCUCAUCUUAUUGAUUUGAGUUGAUUGUUAUUAUCUAUUA